UCGUUGGAACCUUCAGCUGUCAGACUUUGGCCACCCUAAAAGUGCAGGUUUUGUUAGCAAACUAACUCGAACUGUACGACCCGCGCCGACUUUAUUUAAAGUUGUGCAUUGAUCUGCUAAUCGAUCUUUGAGCGCGCGAGCUGGUUAUCGAAGCGCAAAGAUUGCACGAGGACGAACCGUUUGGUUUUAAUCGCUGCUAGUUUUUGCACAAGCCAGCGAUCCUGAGCGGGUGUAAGGCUAGAUGCAGGGAGGGAGGGAGUAAAAAAAGGCAAAAGUCUUUGUGCUUCCCUUCCCCCUCAUCAAAGCAAAGGGGAAAUGUCUCUGUCUAAAGGAGGGAAGAAGAAGAACCCCGGGCUGAAGCUGGCCAAAGAAGUGUUUGUGCCGCCCCCACCAGAAGCAGCAGGGCCGCCUCGAGAUCUUGACUCAAAAGCUUGCGUCACAAUUGGAGAUCAGAACUUUGUGGUGAAGGCCGAUGACUUGGAGCAGAUUGAAGAGCUGGGCCGGGGAGCGUACGGGGUGGUGGACAAGAUGAAACAUGUGCCCAGUGGUGUUAUCAUGGCUGUCAAGAGGAUUCGUGCCACCGUCAACACUCUGGAGCAGAAGAGGCUCCUGAUGGAUCUGGACAUUUCCAUGAGGACAGUGGACUGCUUCUUCACUGUGACCUUCUAUGGCGCCCUCUUCAGAGAGGGGGAUGUUUGGAUCUGUAUGGAGCUAAUGGACACGUCUCUGGAUAAGUUCUAUAAGAAGGUUAUUGAGAAAGGCAAAGAAAUCCCAGAGGACAUCUUGGGCAAGAUCACAGUAGCAAUUGUGAAGGCAUUAGAGCACCUGCACAGUAACCUGUCAGUGAUACACAGAGAUGUGAAGCCCUCCAAUGUUCUGAUCAACACUCAGGGCCAAGUGAAAAUGUGCGACUUUGGCAUCAGUGGCCACCUGGUGGACUCUGUGGCCAAAACGAUGGAUGCAGGCUGCAAGCCUUACAUGGCGCCUGAGCGGAUCAACCCUGACCUCAACCAGAAAGGCUACAGUGUCAAGUCAGACAUAUGGAGUCUUGGUAUCACGAUGAUUGAGUUGGCCAUUUUGAAAUUCCCCUACGACUCAUGGGGCACCCCGUUCCAGCAGCUCAAACAGGUGGUGGACGAGCCGUCUCCACAGUUGCCCGCCGACCGUUUUUCCCCAGAGUUUGUAGACUUCAUCUCCCAAUGCUUAAGAAAGAAGCCAAAUGAGAGACCAGCUUAUACAGAAUUGAUGCAACAUCCGUUUUUCACCGUGCAUGACUCCAAAGAAACAGAUGUGGCCAGUUUUGUCAAGGUCAUCCUGGAUGACUGAUGGGCUCCCUCCGGGCCGCGGCCCAUCAGGGUAGGCGGGACCUCUCAGCAAACGAACCAAUGGCCUACCUUUAAAAAGAAAAAAAAGAAAAAACUCACUGGAAUGACAGACUCUCCUGCACCCUAACACAAGGGGGGUGUCCCAAAGACUGACAGCAGCCCAGCAGCACUGGAGUGGAGAGUGGUGGUAAUAUGAACUCAUACAGUCACAAACCAACUGGAGAGGUUAAAUUCACUCUGCCAAGCUUCCUGUGUGUGUGCAAUUAUUCAACAUGACAAAUAUGAACUGAACCAGAUUUUGUUUUUGUCUUGUUCGCUUGUUUUUGCCCCACUGCCCCUUUUUAUCUCUCUCUUCAGAACGGACGGAGCCAGCCAUCAUUUCUUUGUGACACAUUGUACUUUGAAUUUCAUCUGCAAAAACCAACAGUUAAUGUGUAUGUUGUUGUGUAUUGAAAGCUAUAUUUGCAUAUGCGUUUGUAUGUUUUCUCAUUAUACAGAGUUUUGAUACUGUAUAUCGUCAACAAGUGUGAAUUGUACCAGACUAGGGCCUUACUUGUCAGAUCGCAUCAGGUGAACACUUUGACCCGGUUCUGUCCUGAGGUGACAGAUACCUGCAGGGGCUGCAGAGGCUCGAGAGCUGAGACAAAACAUUUGAGAAAUGUCAAAGUUCACAUUCUGGACUAGAGGAGUUGCAAGUCAUUUCUAGAUCUCUUGGCGACGUGAGGCAGGAAUGUAAAGCAUCCCGUAUCAUCUGAUCCGCGCUGAGGCCCUUCAUGCAGUGACCCCUCCGUACUCGUCUGCUUUCUUUGGUAUUAACGAGUCGGCUUCGGUGCUGCCAUUGUUGCCACCUGGAAGUAUUCAGGGGUUGCCGAAUCGAGCUCACAGCUUUAUCUCUUUCUGUGUGCCAUUUUGCGAAUCAUUCUCAUGAAUUACUGCAUUAAUUGUGUUCUUUUUUCUCUUUUUUUGGACUUGUUCUGGCCUGCAUUUUGUUUUAUUUUCGCCGCAUUUAUCCCUUCGCCUACCGUUCUCAAAUCUGGAGUCAGCAUAGUCUUUUCAUAUGAGGCACUUAUGUUUGUUUUUUUUUCCAGAGACCUUGUUAUGCAUUACACAGACAGUAUGCUAGGGAAAUAAUUUAUGUGUUGAAGAUGUAAAUACUAUCUCCUUUUUUUUUUUUAAUGUAACAUGGCACUGUCCUGACCUGGCAGUGCAGAUGAGUGGUAGAGUGGUUGGUAGUAGUUAGUUUUAAUGCAGUGUGACACGCAUACACAAACACUUGUACUCACAGGGCCAGCUGACUAUCAUACACCUGUUUUGGACUGAUGUGCUGUCAGGCUCCACCGCUCAGGUUUCUGUGCUCUCCUUCACAUGGAGACGGCCCCAUUUUAUUUCUCCCCAGGUCGUCUUCUCCUUGAGUGCCAGACCGAGAGCCUCUUUUCAGUCCACGGUGGGCAGCCAUUAUCUCUUCUCUCUGAGCAUACUAUGCAGAGCCCCUUCGCCUCGGACACACGGCAAGAAGGACCUUGCCAUGUGGCAGUUUCCCCACUCCCAAGUGUUCAGAGACUGUGAUGAUGAUGAUGAUGAUGAUGAUGGCGAUGAUGACUGCACCACCUCUGUUUAUGGUUAGCACUCAUCGCCUCUCUGGUUUACACUGUAGUGCAACCUUUAUCAAAAAGUCAGAGAGUUAGGAGUAUUUAUGAUUGUGAAUAAUAAGGGAAAGCUAGCAACACCACAAAGAAGCUGCUAUUGUUUAUUUCCCUUCUAUUAUUUUUUUUUUAGUCGGCCUUCUUUGGAUGGCCAUUCCCUUGGUGUGUAAAAGUGAGUUUUUACGCUGAUCACAAUGAGAAUGGAACACUUGCUCUACCUCUUACUCCUUCACUCUAUUUGCCACCUUUUCAUUGGGUGGGACUGACAAACUUGAACUAUGGAAAGACAAAAAAUAAAGGCUUUAUUGUUCAGUA